CUACAUGUGUAGUGGAAGCUAAGCUAGCUGCUAACCACAACAAGCAUUAGUGAAGUGAAAGGCGACGAAUUAGCGUUAUAUAAACCGAUUUUAAGUACCGUGAGAGUUAGUUUGUACUUUUAAACACUCUUCGUCCAAACUGGGGAGAAUAACGCAGCACUAACAAGCUAACUUGUGUUAGCAUUAGCUUCCCAUGUCAGUGAGCUGUCAGCAGUGAAGGAUGAGGAGAUGUUGACACCAACUCUUUCAGCAGGACAACAGAGAGACUUGGCCGAAAGACUCAGCGCUUUCCUGUCUCACUACAGCCACGUAUCCGACUCCUAUAUUAUUGAGUUCUUCACUGAAGAUCUCUGGCACACUCUACCCGACACCUGGCAGCAGGUGUUGCAGGACCUGUCCUACCCACAGAUUGCAGACCUGUUACUGGAUGCCACACAUGGAGACCGGAGAUACCCGUCGGUGUGGCCUCUGUCUCUCUUGGCGUUUCGUGCCACAGCUCACGCUCUGGCCUUUCCCAGAGAGUGCGGGCGGGAGCAGGGCCGGACAGCGAGCUCGGUGAAACCUGAGGAGUUCCAGGAAAACCAAAGUCAGAGCUCGCUGCUGGGACACAUAUUCAGGAAACACGUCAAACCCAAGAAGCAGCAUGAGAUCCGCAAGCUGGGCAUGCUGGUAAAACGACUUUGUGAGCAGACUGACUGCAGCAGUGUGGUGGAUGUGGGCUCUGGACAGGGUCAUCUGACUCGUUUCCUGUCCUUUGGACUCGGGCUGUCUGUGACCGCCAUUGAGGCUGAUCACACCCUGGUUGCUAUGGCGUCCAGGUUCGACCAGCAGUUACUGUGGGCCUUGGAGAAGGAAAAGCAGAAAAAGAGCUGCUCCUUUCUGGUCCCAGCGUCACAGUCCUCUCCCCGCCACGUGGCCGGUUGGGUAAACCCCAAGGCAUCAUGGGAGGCCUUCAUCAAGCAGCUGAGUGCGGCAGAUUGUGUCUCUGAAGGUUCCCCGACUCCAUCUGGACCGAGCAAAAAGAAACUGCGGGGCUCUGAGCAUGAGCGGUCCGCUUGUGUUGUCCAGACUCCAUCGUGUUGUGCUUCCACAGACUCUGACAGUCGCUCACUGGACUCUGAAUCAACAUCACAGCAUCCGUUAAACACGUCUGUUGAGGAGUCGUCUGCUGAAAACUGCUGCUCGUGUGCGCAGCCUGUCUGUCAGGAGGCGGUAUGUCCUCAGGAGAACAGCCCAGACUUUGUCCUCACCGGUCUCCAUGCCUGUGGUGACCUCAGCGCCACCCUCCUCCGCCACUUUGUCAACUGCCCACACGUACGCGGCAUCACCUCUGUGGCGUGCUGCUACAUGAAAAUCACCACCAAGGAAAAUCCCUCCCCUCCAGGACGGGUAGCAGCUCCACAAACAUCCGGCCAGGAAGAACUUCACUCGGAGUUCGGCUACCCGAUGAGCUCCUGGGUGCAAGGGCUGCCGGAGCAUCAGUUGUCCUAUAAGGCGAGGGAGGGGGCGUGUCAUGCCAUUGAGGACUAUGUACGGAGGCUUCGGGAGGAGAGCGAGCUGCUGAAGACACACUGUUACCGGGCGAUGCUGGAGACGUUCAUCAGGGAUACGAGGCCGGAUCUGCGCAGGGCCGGAAUCCAGACCAUAAAGAAAGCCCAUCUGCUUCCAUUCACAGAGUACGCCCGCCUGGGUCUGGCACGGGUCAGCCUGCCUCCUGAGAUGCCUCUGGACCCGGAGCGGGUGGAGGCCAUGUUGAGGCAGCAGAGCAGGGUGGUGGUGUAUUUCAGCCUGUCCCUGCUGCUGGCUCCUGUGGUGGAGACGCUGGUGCUGCUGGACAGGAUGAUCUACCUGCAGGAGAACGGUGUGGACAGUCAGCUGGUUCCUCUCUUCAACCCAAACUUUUCCCCAAGAAACUUUGUGCUGGUGGCUCUGAAGCCUCGUGGAUAAGGAGGAGGAAAAUGGGAGACUACACAAGACACAAUGAAAUAUGACCCAAAAACAAGAGAUCCAGAGUCCUAAGGUUGUUUUGUUCCUCUGGUUUUAGAGAUGUUAAAUAAUGAACAUUAAGGGCAUUUUUUUUUUUUGCUGGCCUUCGGACAUCUUCUGACACACAUGUCCUUCCUGCUAUGGAGCCAAUCAGAUUUUCAGCCUGGAACAUGCUGGAGAUCGAAAGCUUUGGCAUCUUGCUGCUGCCAAAGUGUGCACUCAGUUCUGCUUCCAUAGACACUGACUAAUUAUUAGGAUUCACCAAAAGAUCUUGCCUGACAUUAGACAGAAAUGUCCCCUCAUUACACUCCAUGUGCAUCUUUGGUCUGACACUGUGUCCACUCUAAGUGACUCCAGUGGAGGAGGGGGAUUCAGUUUACCCCCCAAAAAAAUCAUUUUAAAGGAGCAGUGUGUCAGAUUUAGGGGGUUUAUUGCAGAUUGCAACCAGCUGAAACUUCUCCUGGUAAGAAUUCCUUCAGUUUUCGUUGUUCUGGAGGUUUUUACCGGGAGCUGAAUUAUCCACAUAGAUCUCUUCCUCUCCGACCAGGUGAUUUAAAACGGUAAAAACACUCUGUAAAGCAGUUUCAAGUUACACAUGAGUGUUUCUUCAGACACUGUGUGUAGGAGAUGGGCCCUUAACUAUGGUGGCCAACAUGAAAAUGCAAAUGUCCCAGUCUAGAGCCAGUGUUUGGUUUGUCCAUUCUGGGCUACUGUAGAAACAAAAAAUGAGAUAGAGAUAGAUAUGAACGGCUCAUUCUAAAGUAACAAAAACACAGCGAUUCAUAUUUUCUGGUGAUUUUACACCAAAGAAAACAGACUUAAUGUAUUCCAUUUCUGACAGUAUAUCCCCCUGAAUCCUACACUGGACCUUUAAGUCCACACUGAUGCAUUUCCAUGCCAACAUUCUGGUUUUGCCGGGGUUUUAAGAGUGAAGUUAAGCGAAGUAAAAACAAACUAUAAUGUCAGGCAAUAUUGAGAAAACAUGUUGAUUCAGAACAGCCUCGAUGGCAACGUCUAUCUUCUCUACAGCGCUUGCCAUUGUUGUUAUGACUGACAACCACUUAAUAGCAGUGUAAAUGUUGCCCACGGCUCUCAUUGGCUGUUUUUUAUUUUAACUGAGAAGCCACUGUUUCAUGUCACGAUGCAGGUGAAUCAGUCAACUCGAACUUGGUGGAGUGGGUGGAUUGAAAGGUCUGGACUCAGGUUACCAAAGAUCGUGUUUUCAUAGGUUUGUCAUGAAAUUCAGCACAAACCACGGCGUAGUUGUUUUGUUGUUACUUUUCAAGAGGAGACACGCCAUGAGAGAUGUCACCAUGAAACUUCUCCAGUUGAUUUGAGUUUUUGCAGAGGGAAUUUUAAUAUCUGUUUUUAUCACACCGUAAGAGUCAGACAAUACUGUUAGCCAUUUUUAAAAAAAAUCAAUUUUCGGCAUGUUUUCAGGAAUAAAAUGUUCUGUAAAUCAGGCUCUGAACAAACCCCACAGUAAAACCAAUCAGGAUAUAAACAGGAGUAAAACUGUAAUGUUUGAGGAGUGCUGCUGAAGUUGUCCCAGAGUUUGAGAAAUAACUCAUUUUGAGAAAACAGCCUUUGAAGAUAGAUUUUAGACAAAAAUAAGACAGUGGGGUAAAAAUGUUAACUAACAGAUUUCACCAUGAAACUUGCCCCAGUUGAUUAGUCAGGCUACAUUAAAGCCACAGUGUGUAGGAAUUUCAAAUUGUUUCAAACACAUAUUGCAACUACGGUAGCCGCUGUGUACCAAAAAGCUAUGAUAACAUUGAUGAAACCAUGUCAUCCGAUACUUCAUGGAGUAUUCAUUCAGGCUCCUACACAGACACACGCGACGCAAGUUGACAAACCCCCUCCUCACCAUGCUGGCUGUGUUUACAGUGUAGGACUGUUGGGGCGGGUGUAAAUCCAAACAAACCAAUUACGUCUUGUCUUUUGACAGCUGACAAGUGGCUCAACCUCACACACCUCAUCCCUCUCCUCACAUCACUGCACCACUCUAACAGCUGUUAGCGGCCAGUGGCGCUGCCCUGUGAUUGCAUUACCUUUCUCCUUCAGCAGCUCUCUCUACCUGGGAAAGGCGACCCCGAUGUUGACCCUCGUUUUUGAAUUCGCCGGUCACGUUGCCUUUUUAAUUCCCUUUUGCGCUUUCUUGGCGAUGAGGAUUCUGUCUCCCAUGAUGCUGCAUAUGCAUGAUCCUGCAUUAUACUCAAAGACUUUGUUUCACAUUUGCCAUGGUAGUAGAGAAGCGCCUCUUGCUCCUCUCCUUCGUCUUCUCAGUCACGGAGCGCUGGCCUGGCUCCUUACGGAACCCCCCAGACGACUUACCCGCACAAUGUACAUCCAAAAUUCUCCUUUUACGAGAAUAAGUCAGAUUAUUGGUGGAGGUAAUAAUACACCAAUGAUGACAUAUUUAUGAAUGCAGACAUCGAUUUUUGCCGAUUAACAACUGAAAAUAUUACACAAUGUCCCUUUAAGACACUUUUUUCAUUUUCAUAUUUCAUUUUCUGAAAUAUGAUUAUCUAAUGACAUUUGUGCUUUUUACAUACAUUUCCAGAACACAAAUCUGAACUAAGAUAAACCUAAAUGCUUAUUGUGUAUGUUUUCUUUCCACUAGUCUAAAACAAGACGUGUUAUGGAAACAAAACAGCCCAAAAUCUCAAAAUUUACCAGUGCAUUAAAAUGCAUGUUUUCACCCAGGGUGUCUCCCCUUAAAAUGUCAGUCUGUGAUCAAGUGUUAGAUUCAUGUACCAUCACCAUCUCUCACAGGAACACAACUAGCACUGCUAAUAAUAUUGUUCCUGAUACAUUUUCAUCGUACCUGAGUUUAAAAGAAAUAUUAUCAGUUACACAACAGACAAACACAAACUGUGUAUUCAUCAAACCUGUCCUGCUCAAAUACAAAUCCUUUGUGAGUCGUGUCCUGUUCUACAUUUUGGAUCUUUGUGUAAUUAAAUACAUUUAUCAAAAGCUCUCAUCUUUGAAAAG